AUGACGGCGAUUCCAGUAGCUGGCCUCAGCUCCCCUCCGCUUGUGAUGGGAGGUGCAGGCUUCAGUUAUCAGCUGCACCCCGAUCCAGAAUCUCUGCCAAUCACGGAAAUCCUUCUACGGGCAUUUGAGCUUGGCAUACGUUCGAUUGACACCUCGCCCUACUACGAGCCCUCCGAGCAGCUCAUGGGGGCAGCCCUCGCACAUGCAGACGUCAAAGCCAAGUACGGCCGCGGCGACUAUGAGAUCAUGACCAAGAUCGGUCGCAUCAAUGAGAAUGAGUUCGACUACUCACCGGACUGGGUCUACAAGUCUGUUGCGCGAUCACUAGAGCGGUUCCAAACCCCGUACCUGGAUGUCGUCUUCUGCCACGACGUUGAAUUCGUACCGAAACAAGAUGUCAUCACCGCUGUAGGUGUCUUGCUUGAUCUCCAGCGUACUGGUCACAUUCGACGUGUUGGCAUAUCAGGAUACGACAUCGACGUUUUGGUAGAGAUUGCCGCCACAGUAUUGGAGCGGCAUGGUCGCCCCGUGGACGUGGUCCAGACAUGGGCUCAGCUCACCCUCCAAAAUACACAAGCAGAGACGCGCGGAUUCGACAGGCUCCGUUCUGCUGGAGUCAAUUGUGUCUUUUGCUCCAGCCCGCUGGCCGUGGGUCUGUUAAGGAAGGGAGGUAUCCCCACGGGUCUUUCGGGCGAUUGGCACCCUGCACCUGAAGGCCUACGGGCAGCGGCAGCUGAAGCGGCGAAAUGGGUGGAGAAUAACGGAAAUGGAGAGACGUUCUCGUCUGUUGCAUUACAGUAUGCGAUUAUGAAGGCGAAACAAAAUUGCACAGCAUCUUUCUCGGUAUCUACAAUCACGGGCGUGAGUAGCAUAUCUGACUUGGAGCAAAAUGUCGCUGCCGCGAAGGAAAUACUGAAACAUGGCUCUUCUGCUGGAAGCAAAGCAUCCGACAGCUUGCGAGAUUACACUGAGCUGGAUCAACAGACACUGGAACGCAACGCGCCGCUUUUUGAGCAGGCUCGCUUAAUUCUUGGAGAAUGGGUAGAUUAUGACUUCUCGAGCCAGAAGAGCGUACUUGAAAAAGGUCAACAAUAG